AGGCCUGGCUCAGUCUGCGCCAGGUCGGCACGCGGGCAGCCACGAGAGGAAGUAGCGAGCCAUAAGAAAAAUACACACGCCGCUUUUAUAACCAGUCUGCACAACAAAAGCCACACGGACGCUUAUUGGACAAUUUUCCUUGUGAUACAAAUUCAGGCCCACGGCCAUGGCGACCGACGUGGGCCAGUUGCCGCCGCUGCCCAGCGACGCCUGCGAUGUUGAGCAGAUCAACGACGAAGACCUCCUCCGCAGAAUGUGGCAGGCUGCAGAAGAUUUCGGGCGAAAGAAGGAGAUUCGCGCGCGCAUGUACAAACUGCGCGAGAAGCGUUUGCGCGAAUUUUACACGACCGGCGAGGUGCUUAAGGACGUGCAGAGCGCCGACCCGCACGCGGCCGACGCCGCGAUCGCCAUCCGCGAGGAGACGCCCAAGCGGGGCGGCACCACCUACCGAGAACUGGUCGUGGGCGAACUGCGCGCGGGCGACCUCUUCGACGUUCGCUGCGAGAAGCAGCCAGCAGAGUUGAUCCAGAGCGCGGAUGGCGCGCACGAAACCGCGAUGCUCGUCUUCGACUCGCGCACCGUCGUCUGCGAAAGCGGCGCCGUCGAGACCACGCGCACCACUACCGUGACCGUGCAGCAAAGUGUGCAGGAAACCAUGCUGGACCGCAAGAAGAGUCCUCCGAGCAGCCAGACAAGCAGCCGUCGCAGCUCCAAGUCUUCCCCGACUCGCGAGCCCUCCUCGAGGAAAAACAGUGAGGCCAAAAUCACCACGGCUGAAAUCAUUUGCAGAUCGAGUAGCGAAAGCAAGGAGACCUCAUCGUCCCGUCGCUCCAGCGAGACCAAAAGCCCUUCGCCUCUGAAGGAAAUUAUUUCGUCUCGUCGCUCUAGUGAUGCUAAGAGUCCUUCCCCUACCAAGGAAAAUUCGUCUCGUCGCUCCAGCGUAACCAAAAGUCCUUCUCCGAUUAAAGAAACGGUUUUGUCUCGCCGCUCCAGUGAAACGAAAAGUCCCAUCAGAGACUCUCCUUCGAGCAGAAAAUCGAGCAUUUCAGAGAGAAAAAGCGUCAGUCCGGAGAAAGAAAUUUCGGUGUCGCGCAAAUCCAGUGUUUCCAACGUGGAGCAGAAGCAGGAGGAAGACGUGCAGUUCUCCACCUUCACCUCGGUGACGCUGGUGCGUCAGCAGGAGCAAGGCUCUCGCGUCACCUCUCCCAACCGGCGAAAGUUGUCCUCGGCAGGGUCGAAGGCGCGAAGAGCGGGGACGCCGAGUGCCUCCCCUCCUCCUUGCGAGAACGAAGAUGAUUCGAGCGACGAUGAAGUGACCAAGAGGUCAAAGUCCGAGGAAGUGGCCAAGCCAAAGUCAAUCCUCAGAACGCCUGAACAGCGCAAGAAAAGCGUCACUGACGAGGUCAAACCGGCCGCGGUCAGCAAACCCACCGAAGUGAAAGAGGUUAAGAGGGCAGUGGCUGAGGUCAAGCUGGAGAGUUCCAGGAAAACGGAAGUGACCACCAAGGUUGAGAACAAGCAGAGAUUCGCCUCGAAGGAAGCUAAAGAGGAAACCAAGAAGGAGACCCGGACCAUCAGGAGGAGGAGUCGCGAGCAGGUCGAGCAAGACUCGAGUGAGCGCGAUUCUUCUUGUUCUCCGGUGCGCACCAGGACUCAAUCCAAGUCCAAGGUGAGUCCCAGAACCGAGGUGAUUUCAACCACGGUCACAACUACUUCCACGACCUCCACCCUGAAAAGACCAACCAAACUGCCUAUGCUGAACAACAAGAGUAAGCAAGUUGUGGAGGAGAAAACGAUCAAGCAGGAGGAUAGGUGCUGCGGCCGCAGACACGGGGCCUCCUCGCCCGACAAGCCGUGGCGACAGAGUGCUCUGCAAAGCCCCAAGAAGGUCUCCCCUACAACGAAGACGCCCCAGAAGGCGCAUCGCUCGCCUUCCACCAGCCCCGAAAGGCCUGCCCAAAACGAGAAACCAGCGAGGCGUCCUUUGGCCCAGAAAACACUCAACAGCCCUACCAAGAGCAGGACUGUGGAGAGCACAAUCAAGAGGAAUAUUGUGGACAGAGCGGCAACAACAACUUGCGUAAAAACUCCAGAGAGAAUCGUGACUAGCCGAGUAACCGCCCGCAGUGCCACAUCUCCUAUCAAACCUGAAACGACGCGCACGUUGCGAAAACCUGCAGAAACAAUCACGCCGGUGAAAAAGAUAGAAACUCUGUCUGCGAAAAACACAACGCCAGUCCGCAAAGGCGCCAUCCCGACGUACCAGAGAACGCAGGCGGCUCGCAAUACGACGACGACAACAACCACCUCCAGCACGGUGCGUCUGCAAAAUAGGCAGAAUCAACAAAAUGUUGUUCAGAAGAACGGACGCAGCCUGUCUGGGUCAAAGGUUGUGGAAAAAGCAGUGCCAAAGGAAGCACCAAAACCUGCAGUUAUCUCUCCUCCCAAGGAGCCGGCACCAGAAGUUACCAUCAGCAAGCCUGUCGAGUCUGAGGAGGAAAGCGCCGGGUUUUCGACGGAAGAAGAUGAGACGGUGACUGAACUGGAGGACAUCCGCUACAGCAGCGCCAACCUCCUGGACACGGAGGAUGAGGAGAGCAGCUCCAGGCGCCUGCUGGCCCAAAACCAACCGCAAAUUCAACAGUUGUCGCGUGACUCCUCUCCCGAGGGCCGUCCUCAACGCUUCGCAGACCGCGUCAGUGAGCCUGAGAGCGAUUUCGAGACGACCAAACGCGAGAGAACGCCGCUGGAAGUUGUCGUGCCCCAAGGAGGACUCGACGGCUUGCAGGAAGAGGAGGAACAGGAGGAAGAACCUGCACUGCUCAGCGUUGCAGACAAGGCGAACAUCUUCCUCACCACCGAUCUUUCCAAGGUGGAGAAAAAGAAGCAGACUUUCGAAACGAAUCAGGCCGUCAGUUUAGCCAAGGCCGUUUUUGAGCGCACAGACGACGCUCAGGAGGAAGCGCGCAAAAAGUACGAACGGGAUAUUCUCAGCAGGCCCUCUGUAUUUUCCAAGGUCACAGACAGAAUUCGCAACUUUGAUCAGCAAGUGGUCACCCCUGAAGAGAAAGAAAAAGAGCCGCUGCCCAGAGAAUCUCCACCGAAAGAAGUCGCAAAGAAGGAGGAAAUUAGAGAGCCUGUGGUGGAAGAGCCCAUAGUUCCCGAGAAAGUUAUUCCCUCGUGUGAGGAGCAGCCCAAGGCGAGUGUCAGCAGGGCCAGCGGAAAGUUCGGUGUCACCCUGCGCAGGACCAGCAGCAGGCUUAGCGACAUUGUGACUCCACCAAAGGAGGAGGAAAAACCCAAGGUCAAAGUGGCUGCAGAAAAGCCGAUUGAAGAAAUCACCGACGUUAAGCAACUCGAAAUUAUGCUUGAGAAAGCGACGAACUAUGACGAACGAAGGCGUCUGCGGGCGGCCAUCAGGGACGCCAAGAAGACGCAGACCAUUUUCACGACGACCUCCACCGCCAAAGUCACCUCGUCUGUGAACGUGACUCGCAAAACCUCGCCCACGCGACAGGUGAACGGCAGGAGGAGCGUUUCUCCGGUGAAGAGCGAGAGCGGCGGGCGAAAGAACUCGUCGCCGGUGCGCAAACAGUCUGCGGCCGAGGUGGUUCAGGACGGCAACGCGAUCAGCUCUCCGCUCAGGGCGGCACCAGAGGAGCAGCAGAAGCCAGAGUUGGUCAAACAGCUCAGCACCGGAAAGUUGGACAAGGGAAAAUUGGCCACUUUCCAGAGGGAGGAAAAUACCACUGCCAACUCUGUGGUCUCCAUCAAAAGAAAAGUUUCCUCCGAAGUAGAGAGUGCUAGGAAAAUCUCUGCACCGCCACGUGAGGCGAAUCCAACGGACAGCGUGACCUCGAGUUACGGAGUGGGCCCUCUUGAUGAGUCGGGCCGACCACUGUUUGGGCUUCGGGCCCUGAGAAGGACCCAAGAACCGGCACCGGUCGCAGCUCCCGCGGAAGUCGAAGAGCGAACUCCCACGCCGGCCAAGCCUGAGGUGACUGACCUUUCAGGACGACCUUUGUUUGGCGGACUCAAGGCCCUCAAAAGUCAGACAGUUUCGACCGUGGUCCAAGAAAAAGAGACAUUCGAGGUCACCGAAGACGCAACCAUGCCCGAGUUGCAGCCGUCGACGGGCCAGUUGAAGAGUCUGGUCGAACGCCACGAGCAGAACACAAAGGUCAGCGGAACAAGCGUGAGUCCUACCGGCAGUCAGAAGCCGAGGGCAAAGCUGCGUGACUCUUUUGUGACCCAAGAGAGUCGCAGCAAGUUGGUGGCCGAGGCUCAGAAGGUGAGCAAAGUGGAGGCCCUGGUCAAUAGGAGCGAAAGGUCAAACUCCCUGAAAGCCAUCAUCAAAAAGCACGAAAACACCGAAACAACCAGCGCUCCUACUGCCCCAGCGGCGGUUGAGCCCCAGAGAAAGAUCAGCACUGAACAGGUCAAAAGCAUCCUGAAAAAGCCGAGAGAAGCAACCCCUGAAGCCACUGUUGUCAGCUCAGCCACAAUAAGCCUUAGAAAAGACUCAAUCGAACGACGACCUGGGGAUGUGGAACAAGAGUCAGUGAUUGAAGAUGAGGACGGUGGUCGCACCGUGGUCAAAAAUGUUCACCGCGAAAGAAACGAGGGUGAUUUGAACACCACGUUCAGUGCCACCUCUCGCAGCCACGUGUCGGGCGACGGAAGUCGUUCGGCGAGUAGCCAUUCCUCCACCACAGUGACCACCUCGACCCGCGACAGCCCCAUUUCGAUGGCGCGCGUCGGACGCAGUGGCUCCGUGCGCGCCCUUCAGCAGAAAUUCCAGCAGACAGCCAUGGAGUCUCCCGAGCCGCGAUCCUUCCCCAAGGCUGGACUCAUCUUCAGGACCAGCAGCUUCAAAAACGCUGCUAAUGGCGAGAACAAAUACCAAGGUGGUGAUUCAAAAGAAAUCUGCGAAGAUAAUGUGCAGAGAACUGAGCAGGUGACUGAAAGAGAAGGGAGCGUCGAUCGUCGCGUGACAGAAACGCGAGUGAUUUCUGAAAGCUCUUCAAAUUCGCAAUCAUUCCUCGGCAACAACACCAAAGUGACUGGUGUGCAGGACGUAUUGACGCGUAUGCGACAGGCAGACAACAACCACGAUGAAGGGCUUAGUGCGGAAGAUCGUGAGGCAAAGGCGCUGCUCAACAAGUUCCUGGGCGCGUCGGUGCUCAUGCAGGGCAUUGAGCCCCUGCUGCAGGCCCAGAGUUCUGCACUUGUCAGCCAGGUUGAGAAGCAGCGACUCGCCAUUGCACAGGAGGAAAAGUCAACGAGCGCCGUUGCUGAAGACGACGACGACGUCGACGCGCUCACCGACCAGGCCCAUCUCAGGAAACUCUUGGACGCGGCCACAGACUACGACACAAGGAGGAAGAUCCGAGCCAGGUUGCGCACCCUAAUGACGGACAAUAAAGUCACGGAUGGCGGCGACGGAGUGUCUGCUUCGGACAGUGCGGCCCGUUCUCUUCACGGUGAGUUUGCGCCUUCGUCAGCAGUGGACCAACUAAUGGCCACUCUCGGACGCAAUUUUCCAGCUCUUGACAAUAACGUUGGUGGUGGUGAUGGUGACGGUGGUGUAGGAGGGGGUGGGUUGGGGGCUUUACAGCAACACCAGGAGUGCGACGGGCCGGCGGUCGACUCGGGCACCGAGUCAGGCGAAGACCCUCGCACACCCAACAGCCAGUCGCAGGUCGACCUGGCGCCGAAAAAGAAAAACGACGUGCCCGCCGAGGUGCUGGAGGAAGUGCUCGGCGCUCUUUCCAAGCUGCAGGGCACUCUUCAAACGGAUGAGGUUGACCCUGCCCGAAAGGAUGCUCUUUUGGAAUUGGUGGCGCGUCUGCAAGGCACUUUGCCUGUGGCGCCGCAACCGGCGCCGCGCAGGAAGAAGCAGAGGAGCACCAUCGGUGUGAGCGAGGCUGAGUUGGCAGGCGCUCGCCGACUGGCCGACGAAGUGGCACCUUUCAGUCCUCUCAGGCCAUCUGACUUCCUCAGCAAGGAACAGCAGCCGUUCGAGGCGCACGACCCUAUCACAGCCCUGACCCUGAAACGCCCACUGCAUCGCCGCAGUUUCAGUCAGGGCCGGACUCUGAUCGACGACGAUCCGAGCCGCCUUCUUUUCACGCCGGAACAAAGCGUGCAGAUCGCCGUGCACAAGGCGGCCAUCAAUAAACAGAUUUCGCAGGAGGAAGACCGCAGAAGCAAUCAAGACCCUUCCAGGUUGAACAGGGAGGGUUCCAUUGAGGCUGAACUAGAUUUCGAAACCAAAGGCUGUGAAGCAGUAAUAAAUGUGCCCAAGCGGCCAGACAAUGCUGUGAUUUUGCGCACUAAAAGUAUGGAAGAGGGAACUAAGCAGCUUGCUGUGUUCCAGCCACAAGACCUGAGAGCGCCGGAGAUGGUAAAAAAUCAAGAGAGUAAAAUUAACGGCCAGCAGGAGAAACCUGUGGAUCUGCCCAAACCAAAAGCGGAAAUUGCAAAAGCAAUUUUCCCCAAAGUUGAACCAAUUUCGAAGCCUAUUUUUGCAACACAAGACCCGCCGAAACCCGUAUUUUCUAAACAAGAACUACCCAAACCAAAACCGGUGCCGCAACAGGCAGUUCAAGAAGAGACGCCACCGAAAGCAUUCAAGCCUUUUGAAGUGCCAAAGGCUUUUAAACCCUUCGAGACCCCGAAAGCAGAACAACCAGUGCCCCCAGUGGCCAAAUCGUCUCAUCUCAGAGCUCCUUCAGAGCCACCAAAACCACCGGCGAAGCCUUUGAAGUCCCUUGUUUUUGAGUUGGAGGCGCCAAAAGACGAAGAGCCGAAAACGAGUGGUGUCCUGUGGGGCAGCAUCUGUCAAUCUGUAAAGGAGCUGCACUCUGAGCGAAAAAUUGUCUCGCGCGCAGAGAAAAAGCGAAAGUUAAAAAGAGCCAACACAAUUGACAUCCCGAAACCGUUUGACACGCAAGAUUUGCACGACUCGGAGGAAGACGAAGAAUUGACUGAGGGAGAGAACGGAAUGCCGCAAAAAGCCACCCUCGAACUUCCCUUUGUGCCGAAAACGGAGAACGACCGAAAAUUUCUCGCGUUCCUAGAGCGCAAAAGUCCCAAAGAAAACGCAAAGCCAACAACUUGCGCUCCCGGUGGCCACCAAUGGAAUAACAGAUUUUCAAACUUAAAAACAAAUUUUGAAAAAAGUAAAGAGCCUCCCGCGGAAAAGCCGGUCAUCGCCAAAGAACCUGAAAAGGAACCUUACUUGCGAAAACACGACCCAGCAAAAACCACUAACAGAGAAAUUUACGAACAGAAGCGAAAAUCAAGUCUUCCCGCAGUCUCCUCCGCAAUAGGAAAGAGAGAACAAUUACCGUGGGCUGGCAGCGAUCCGAACGUGGUUGUCGGCAGUCUGACCGUGGCCCAAAAUGUGCAGCAAAAGAAACAAAUGUUCACGCAAGCUGCAAAACCACCCAUGAUUAAGACGCCCCGAGUAGAUCCGACGGUGCAAAAGGAAGAGCAACUCAUGGAACUGCAAAGACAACAGCAGAUCAAAUACAUGCAGCAGAAAGAGGAGCAAGAGCGGUACCGCCGGCUGAAGCAAGAAAACGAGCGAAUUCGCGCGCCAGCACCCACCGGCCGUUUCAACCACGCGCAAAACUCAGCCUUCCGCCCCAUCGCCAAGAAACCCUCCGAGCCCAUUCAGAUUUCGCACACCCCGCGCGUGAACCACUCGCCCCUUUUGCAACUGCCCCUUGUGCAAGAGCAACCCCCGCAGCAACCUAGAAUCGAAUACAGCGCCUCGGUGGCCACCGAGACGCGCCAACUCAAUAUGCGCAUUUUCAAGGACAAAAAUAACCAGGAAGAGAAGCAGGCACCGGACGUUUUGGAGGUGGCGGCGCCGUUGACGAUGAUGACGGCCGUUUCGCGGGUCAAAGAAGGGCCCAGAGCUCAACAGGCUUCCGUGGUUCACGGUCAAGUCCAGCACCGAGAGAGUCCGAGUCGUUCGUCCUUGGCCAAAAACCACCUGCGGGGAAUUUUGCCCCGGGACGACAGCAGCCCGGGCAGUUUGUCCCUGACCCGCAGCUCACACUCGACCUCUGACAUGCUGGAUGCAGCUUUCCAGGCGCGCUUCGACGUCAGUGCUGCGUCCUCGCGGUGCUCGAGCAUCCGACCGGAGUCGCCGUCUGAAAUUCUGUCGCUCAAAUUCGAGUUUCCCCUGCACCAGGCCUCGCCUUUGCCCUUCUCUCCGCCCACCCAACGUCGCACCUUCGACAGCCCUUUGAGGAAGAGCGAGUCGUCGCACCAGCUGGGCCAGAGACUCAGCGUGCCAUCCAUGUCCACGCCGACGCGUCGCUCGCCCUCCGGCGCCAAGGUGCACCUUUUCUCGAAGCAGUUUGAGGCUCAGGUCAGUCCUGACAGCGUCGAGGACAAGCAGCGCCAGGUAAUGGCCUACCUGUCCGGCGAGUCGCCCAACAGCCGAUCGCCGAGGCCCUUGUACCACCGGCAGGACACUCUGCGCGGCAUCGUGCACGCCGACGACCUCGAGAACGUGGACGAAGAGUUCGAGCGGCUGUUCGAGUCGGCGGUGCAGCGGCCGCGGCAGCCGCCGGUGAGCUCCAGUGUGCCGUGCUCGCCCACCGGUGGCGGCAAGAAAAGCGAGUUUUCUGUGAAGACAAGCUCUUCAACAUCCACCAUCCAAAUGGACGGAGGGACCAAAAUAACGAGCGUUUCCUCUAUGAUGACUUCAAAUGCCCGCGUUUCAAAAGCCCCUCCCAGUAAGCUGAAGAUGUCCCCGUUUGACAAGUUCAGGCAGCUGGACGAGCAAAAUUCCAGCCCCUCUCCUAGCACCCCCAAAACGCCCGGGGGAAGCAUCAGCGGUCCGUUGUUUAAAUUCACGGACCCUGGCCUCAAUAGGAGCGCCUCCAACGUCAAAGAAAGACUUCUGUACUGGUGUCAAGUCAAGACUAAGGAAUACAAGGAUCUGAAGAUCGAGAACUUCUCGACGAGCUGGAACAACGGUAUGGCCUUCUGUGCUCUGAUUCACCACUUCUGUCCUGACGCCUUCAACUAUGAAGAACUUCGUCCUGAAAAUCGACGCAAGAAUUUUGAGCUCGCCUUUCGAGUAGCAGAGGAGAAGGCGGACAUUGCACCUCUCCUUGAUGUGGAUGACAUGGUGAUGAUGAAAAAACCAGACUGGAAAUGCGUCUUCACCUAUGUGCAGUCCAUCUACCGUCGAUUUAAGGACGAAGAGAUUUAAAUUUUCUUUUUAAACCAACUUGAUUUUCAUUUCUCUAUUUGAAACUUUGAUAAAAAUUUGUAUAAAAAAAAGUAUUUAUGAAUUUGCACUCGAUUUUGUACUCUAAUUUCCAAUCAAGUGUUUGAAUGUAUUGAUUGUGUAGAAAGUUAGAAGUCUCGACCGUAUUUAUCAAAGUAGAAAGGGGUUGUGCUUGAGAGCGCCCCAGAAUAAUUUAUCUGUUUGGCGAGCGACCCUCCUGUACUCUUAUAAUUGCAGCGGGGCCGCCGCUUUUUAUCGAAUUCCGUCCGCCGUCCGUUGUUCUAAACUCGUGCGCUGAAACGCUGGCUAUUUGAACUGCUGUCAACCUGUUUUAUACAUAUUCUCUCUCUGUCAUUUAAAUGCGCAGUCUGUGAAAAUCUCCCUACCCUUUUUUAUUCAACCACGACGAUCCAACUCUGGACCGUCACUCUCGCGGUGCUUGGUUUUAAUAUUUAAUUUUAUUAAGUAAAUUUUAUUUUCUAGUUGCUGGGCUGUGACGCUCGCGCAGCUUAUCCCUCUUUGAAAAUAAAAGGAAAAUAUGCUACUGUGCAUUUUUCUUUCUGAAACGACAAACGAAUAUUUUUUUUUUUUU